UGGGGAAACACAUGGUCCGACAUUGCCGAAACGUUGGGCUGCAUAGGUGUAUCCUAAAAGUCAGGGGGCAUCGGCGAUUCGCUCCAGGCGUCUUCGAUAGUUCAUUUGCUUAUAAGCGAAGUCUAUGAAACACUCACCACGCUGCUUGGCGAGUAUGCCCAUCUGGCACGUGUCGGAAUACUCGCCGUACUUGUACUGUAACGGUGGGUGGAAAUUGUUUUUUCCGAAUGAGGGCAGCGACACGGUUUCCACGCUCGACCCAGCUAAAAGUGACUUCAUCUCAGCCAGGUCCGCCUCGACACCGUCAAAUGGAGAAUACAGAACUGUGACUGGAUACUUAAAUACAUCUAAGAAUCGCUCUUGGAAUACCGGCAAGUGUCGCCGGAAAUUGACCAUGUUUCUCUUCCUCCUGUCUUGGAACCACUUCAGCUCGCAGCCGUGCGGCCAUAUCAAGGGGAAAGAAUGAUCUGCAACGUCAUCAGACACGAGAUGCAAGAAAACCACAGUGGCGUUCGCAAGGCGGCGCGGUUCAUUCCCAAGCGGCUCUGCCAGGGUCUCUACAGCGCAGCUUCCUGCCUUGUCCUCUCCACUGGCCACGCAUCGCGGACGCAAUAGUAAGUAAGCCGAUACUGACCACAAAUGCGCAAAGGAAACAGAACGGACCAUGAGUGGGUAUCCACUCGUCGGGCUUCAGAACCAGAAGCUACGGCGGCACUUCUUUGCCAAAGCAAUCUGAACCAAAAAACAGCUCUGGAUGGGGAUGAUAGAGGUUGUAAUGGUGAUGACCAGCGAGCGAAGGCGACUGCCUCCGAGGUAGCAAGAAUGCAGCACACUACGUCCCCGUUGAGCGAAUAGUGACAUGUGGCAGACAUGCUCACGGCGACGCCUUCGCGCCGAAGAUCCUCGGCUGGGGAAUAUAGACAGCUGCAAUUGCACGACACCUCUCGGCUGACAAAGGACGGCCCGCAAGGCCCGCGGGGAAAAGAUGUUGUUACCGCCAGGGCCGAGCCCCCACUACAACUCGCACAGACAGGAGCAGCCAGCUGGGACAGCCCAGGGCCCCGCGCCUGAGGAACUUCGGCUGGUUCGUGCGAGGCUGCCUGAGACUACUAGGCCUGGAACUCGUCGAAGUCCAAAAGAGCGAGCUACCUCUUCGCGAAGCCUGCGGACAUCAGUUCAGAAGGCCUGCCCUCCAAGCGCACUGAGAAAUUGUCAGUGGCGAGUCGAAGUGAUGAAAUGUAGGGAUGGAGUUGCCUCUGUACAGAAGUCCCUACACACACGAGAAAAGCAGGGCGCUGCGAGGCAAGCGAAGGGCGAAAAAGUGACGGACAGCAUCCGCGCUGAAAAUAUC